AGACCGGGAUGGGAUGAAAGCCCCGGCGCAGAAGCCGGGUCAAACGCCCCCCAGAACAGGGAAGGGAAGGGAAGACAGGCGCCCAGCAGAACCGAAAUCAGACACAGAUCUCAUUCAGCCGUUCAAGGGGAACCCGCCCCGCUCGCCUCCAUUUCAUGUUACAAUUCAUGAGGUAGAGGGGGAGUGGCCCGAGAAAAGGGAAUGGUGGCUUCUACGGAAGAAGAAAAGACGGAGGCAGCCCCACUGCUCCCCCUGCAACAGCCGGUUCAUCCUCGCAGGAUGGGCUGAGCCAACUCCUCCCCGAGGCGGGUCCCGGCAGGCGGAACUCUGGCGUGGAGAGUCCAGAGAGGCCCGGAGAGUUAAUGCGAUUGCACGAAGGAAUAAACGACCGACCAUGGCGGCCCAGGCGGUGUUAGUCUCUUCCUCCUCUGGCUUUCGGGGGGCUUCGGCUUCUCGGCUCCAACCGGUCUGUGCCGGGCUGCGGAGAAAGUACAGCCAGGACGGCUCCGCCUCGCAGUUCUUGCACCGCAGCCUCGUGCCCACCAUGCAUUAUCAGAAGAGCUUGCCGCGUUUGCCCAUCCCAAAACUGGAAGACACAAUUAGAAGAUACCUGAAUGCUCAAAAGCCUCUUUUAAAUGAUGAUCAAUUCAGGAAAACCGAGCAACUUGCUGACAGCUUUAGGAAUGGAAUUGGUAGAGAAUUACAUGAUCAGUUGGUUGCACAAGAUAAGCAAAAUAAACAUACUAGUUACAUUUCAGGUCCCUGGUUUGACAUGUACCUAAAGGCCCGUGAAUCGGUUGUUUUGAAUUUCAAUCCAUUCAUGGUUUUCAGCCCUGAUCCCAAAGUUGAAUAUAAUGACCAGCUCACAAGGGCAACUAACAUGACUGUUUCUGCUUUGCGUUUCUUGAAGACUCUCAGGGCUGGCUUUUUGGAGCCUGAGGUUUUUCACCUUAACCCCUCUAGAAGUGACACUCAGGCUUUCAAAAGGUUUAUCCGCUUUGUGCCACCCUCUCUGUCCUGGUUUGGUGCCUAUAUGGUCAAUGCUUACCCACUUGAUAUGUCGCAGUACUUCAGGCUUUUCAAUUCCACACGAUUGCCAAAGCACAGUAAAGAUGAACUUUUUACAGAUGAAAAAGCAAAGCACCUACUAGUGCUUAAAAGCGGAAAUUUUUACACAUUUGAUGUGAUUGAUAGAGAUGGGAAUAUAAUAAAGCCCUCAGAAAUUCAAGCACACCUAAAAUACAUCCUUUCUGACAAUAGUGCCAUUCCUGCAUUUCCUCUUGCUUGUUUGACGACUGAAAACCGAGAUACGUGGGCAUCACUGAGGCAGAACCUGCUUGACAGUAGCAAUGAGGAAGCCUUAAGGAAAGUGGAUUCAGCAAUAUUUUGCCUGUGUUUGGAUGAUUCUCCAGUUAAAGACCUCAUCCACUUGUCCCAUACUAUGCUUCAUGGGGAUGGCACCAACAGAUGGUAUGACAAGUCAUUUAACCUUAUUUUAACCAAAGAUGGCACUGCAGCAGUUCAUUUUGAGCAUUCAUGGGGAGAUGGAGUGGCUAUGCUGAGAUUUCAAAAUGAAGUUUUUAAAGACAGCACCCAUUCACCUCCUGUCACACCCCAGUCGCAGUCGGCUGCAGUCGAUUCUUCCACAGCUGUGCAGAAACUGAGCUUUAAAAUGAAUGAUACUUUAAAAGAAGGAAUUACCAAGGCGAAACAGAAUUUUGAAGCUACUGUGAAAAAGCUGACAGUGGAUGUACUUGAAUUCAAGAGAGGGGGUAAAGAGUUCCUAAAGAACCAGAAGCUGAGUCCUGAUGCUGUAGUUCAGCUGGCAUUCCAGAUGGCCUUCCUGCAGCAAUAUGGCCAGACUGUGGCUACCUAUGAAUCUUGUAGCACAGCAGCAUUCAAACAUGGCCGUACUGAAACCAUCCGUCCUGCUUCAGUUUUUACGAAGUCCUGUUCAGAGGCUUUCGUCAAGGAGCCACUCAGACGCAGCACAGGAGAACUGCAACAGAUGAUUGCAGAGUGCUCUAAGUAUCACAGCCAGCUCACCAAAGAAGCUGCUAUGGGUCAGGGAUUUGACCGACACCUGUUUGGCUUGCGGUAUUUGGCAGAAUCCAGUGGCAUGCCCUUGCCAGACUUUUACCAAGACCAAGCUUAUGCACAGAUCAAUCAUAACAUUCUGUCCACCAGCACUUUGAGCAGCCCAGCUGUGACCAUGGGUGGGUUUGCCCCAGUGGUGCCUGAUGGCUUUGGUGUUGCGUAUAGAGUGCAUGAUUACUCAAUUGGAUGUAGCAUUUCUACCUAUCCAGCUAGGAAUGUGCAUGAAUUCCUUCAGUGUGUGCACAAAUCACUGGAUGACAUUUUUAAUGUUUUAGAAAGUAAACAUAUUAGUAAGUAAGGGUUGGUCUGUUGGAAUAUGUUGUACCCCAGGAUUAUUGUUGACUGAUAGAACGCUUUUAGGACUGACAUUUCAGUACCUCAUUUGCUGCUUUAUAUUUCCUUUGAAAAAAGCUAACUCUUCAGGUGAGAAAAAAAUCAUGAGUUUAAUUCUGUAUAUACUUUUUCUGGUGCAAUAAUCUUGCCUUAAUACUGAUGGCUUAUCUAUGGUUUCAGGUUCUACUCUCAGGUUAAUGAUCCAGCUAUAUAAACUUGUAGGAUAUAAUGUGUUAGCAAAGGUAUAAAAAACAUGCUCCAUUGUUUAGCUGCAAAGUUCAGCAAAGAACAACAUUCCUCCCCCCCCCCCCAUCCCCAAAAAGAAAAAAAAGCCUGAACAACCUUUCUGGUGAUUAGCAUCUCUACUUAGUAAUUUUUAGGACAUAAUCCUUUUCCAUGUCAUCUCUGUCCUCCUUCCCCACACUCCCCUAGUAUAUGCUUUUCAUCAAUGUACAACUUAAAGAAGGCUUCUAGUUCUUUAUUAGCAUCUACGCAAAAAGAGCAAAGAGUACUGAAGCUACUUUGGAUCCAGUAACAAAACAUUUUUUUUCAUACUGAAAUAUCUAACGUAGUUACUGAAAACUGAAUUGCUGAAACUAGCAGCUAGGGAAGGACACACGUAAUACAUAUCUAUUUAACUAUAUUACCUGUACCAGAAUGAAAUGCUUGUACUUAGAAGACUGUGAUAUUUUUAUAUGCAGAAUGUUAAUCUAAAUAUGCCUUUGUUGAAAACCCCUUUGGUGCACCAAGGAUUCGACAGAAACAUAAAUGUGAACAAUCAGCAACCUUGCUUUAUGUAUUCACCAAUCAUGGAACUGAUUGAAAUAAACAGGACUUGAAAUAAACAAGAUUGAAAUAAA